AUGCAAAAGUGCAAGAAUUUGAUAUUUUGGGGUCUUUUGUGCCUCCAAGUGAGUGAUAUUGUGAGUGAGGAUUGGUUACCUCCAAUUGAUUUCUGUGCAUACUUACUUCCCGGAUUGCAUCCUUCGCCAAGGAGUUGCAAUGACUUCAUCAUGUGCACAGAAUCCGGAGUUCCAAUGAGGGGUACUUGUGGCGACAGUUAUCACUUUAAAGCAAUCAGCCCCGGUGUGGGAGUCUGUACGUAUCCUGAGGAGUCUGGAUGUGAUCUCAGUGGAAGGGAGUGCAAACCUGAGGAUUUUUGGGAAGAACGAGUACCAAUGACAUGCAACCAAUACGUUCGAUGUUUUCACGGUGAAAUCACAAUAAGACAGUGCGAGAAGACCCUUCAUUGGGACAGUGUUAGGCAACAGUGUACAUUUAAUUUCCUCUCUGACUGUCCUUACAUUGUUUGCUCAGAAGAUGCCUUUCCAGGAUAUAAUGAAGUCAUCCCACAUCCAACAGAUUGUUCUGCCAGUGAAGAGAUCCCGGAGAAUGUAGCCAAAUUACUGUCGCUGGGUCCCAAAUUUGCCUUGCCAACACCGAAGGUAUCGGUUUUCCAUAUGAUCGCGGAUGUCCAAAUGAUUGUUGAGGACAUUGAGGAUGGAGAUAAACGGGAUGGCAUCCGCGCUAGACUCGUGAACAUCAUCCAAAAUGGACUGACUACCCCGAAGACACCAUCCCCAGUAGAAAAACAAAUUAAAAACUGGAUGAAAGAAACUUCAGCAUUUAUUAAAGAAAAGGGGAAGAAUUUGGUCAUCACGAGCGCCGACAAAGGCAACAAAACCGUCAUCAUGGACCGUGUGGAGUACGAUCAGAAGAUGGCAGUUUUGGUCGGCGACACGGACACCUACGAGAAGAUCGGGAGCGACCCAACGGAGAAAUACUCGAGGAAGAACAACAGUCUGGUGAGGGUGAUGCUGGAAGAGAAGGUUAUUGAUUUUAUUGACAAGAAAAGAAUGACGAAGUACAACGGAAUAGCCCCUCGUAUUUAUGGGCUCCCAAAAAUUCACAAGUCCGGAGUCCCUCUUCGCCCAGUGGUUUCAUAUGUGGGCAGCCCUACGUAUCACUUAGCCAGAUUUGUGUCCUCAGUGCUCUCCCCUCUGAGCAUAUGCACUAUGAACAUUAGAAACUCCAUGGAGAUCUGCCAAUUCAUCAAUGAGUUCCGACUUGAAGAGCACCACGUACUCCUUAGCCUGGAUGUCGUCUCACUCUUCACAAAUGUGCCGGUGGAUCUGGCAUUGACGGAAGUGGAGAGACGGUAUGCCGAAGUGGCCACCCCCGGCGGCAUCUCAGUGAGGAGACUCGUAGAGGCUGCACAGCUGUGUCUCUCAACAGGAUAUUUCACCUAUAAGGGAGAAAUGUACGUACAGAAAGAAGGAUUAGCGAUGGGAAGUCCAAUAAGUCCCAUUAUGGCUGACCUUGUAAUGCAAAAAGCCAUUAAUUGGGCACUGGAGAGUGCUCAACUGAGAAUUCAAUUCAUAAAGAAGUACGUAGAUGAUUUACUUUUGGCGGUACAUGAGGAGGAUGUCGAUCGUGUGCUCCAGGUGUUCAACGCCUUCCACCCAAAAAUACAAUACACCAUGGAGAGAGAAUCACAGGGUACGAUUCCAUAUCUGGACUUCACAAUUCACCGCCGGGAGGACGGUGUCAUGAGAACAGUGUGGUACUCAAAAUCCUGUGCCUCCAACCGGAUGCUAAACUAUCACAGCGGACAUGCCCCCCAUGUGGUGAUGAACGUCGCUAGAAAUUUCAUAAAGAGGGUUCAGGCAUUAACAACAAAACCAGACACGGAUAUAGAGAGGAGAAUACAUGACAUCUUACACCUCAAUGAUUUUCCAACGAGGGUAGUUAGACAGCUUAUGUGCCCCACAAACAUGAGAUCCUCAGAGAUUGCGCGUGUACAAAGAGAUCCUCCGAUUUAUUUCCACACCAUCACGUACAUCCCAGGAGUCUCCGAGAGGAUAAAGAAGAUUGUAGUCCGUGAAGCCGGGCUAGAUGUUGCCUUCGCGGUGGCAGGCAGGAAUGGGAGUUUCUUCACGAAGGUGAAAGACCCAGUCCCUAUGGGCCAAAAAUCGGGGGUUAUCUACUGGAUUCCGUGCGGCGGAUGUAAUCUGUCAUACGUGGGUGUAACAUCACAGCACCUGAGAGCCCGUGUGGAUCAACACAGGAGAGAUUGCAGAUCCCAGGUGAGAAGAGAAGGAUCAACUGCAUUGUGCGCACAUUCCGGGGAAAACGGACACGAUUUUAAAUUCGAUGAAGUGGAAAUAGUAGACAUGCACAGACAUCCGGGAAAAUUGGCAAUCCUGGAAAUGUUACAUAUCCGGAAGAACAGACACAAAUUGGUGAACAAAAGGAGCGACACCCUGGGAUUGAGCAGUGUUUACACCAAUUUGAUAAACAUGCACAAUGACAGGAGAGCUGUGACGGCGAACACGGCGAGUGAUGAUGAUGAUGUAUGA